CACAUCACUUAAACUGUCUCCAAAUUAAAAGUGAUUUUAUAACAACAUGUUAAAAUAAAAUAGUUUGUUAUUAUUUGAACUAGUGAUUAUAAAUAACUAACUGUGAAAGUGGUUUAGUAAGUGAACUGAAGGUAAAAGUAAACUUUUCAUCGCGGAAUUAAUCUGUUAAUUUAAUUUCAAGACUGUUAAACUCUGAACUGUUAUCGAAAAACUGUAUUCUUCAACAAGGUCAAGCGUUGGUUUCAUCGCGGGCAAUAAUUCAAUUGGCCAUUCCCAGGUGAAAUGUUUACACCCCGGAAAUUACCGUGAAAUAAGUGGAACAGCUUGAAUAACGAACCCGGAUGCAGUGGAAGAUGGCGUGUGUAGAGAGGACGAGGUAUUGAAGCAAGAUGGCCAUCGCGCGCGCAGUUCUGAUCCUCCUGGCGUCCACGGCACAAGCAUGGAUGCCGGACGCCAACUCCAGAAUACACGUCAAAUACGGCGAUGAAACUUCAGAACAGUUCGUAGGCAACGCGACGGCGCCAGACCACUUUCGGAUUCUAGACAAAGAUGACUUCUCCAUUAUUGUCGGAGGAAGGAACACCGUCUACAACCUCAGCCUCUACGACUUAUCGGAGAAUAUAGAUCAGCGCCUUGAAUGGCAGUCAACGGACGCACACAGAGAACUGUGCCAGCUGAAAGGCAAGUCCGCGGACGAGUGUCAGAACUACCCGCGCGUGGCUGCGCGAGCGCACGGCCGGCUGCUGGUGUGCGGCACCAACGCCUUCAAGCCGCUGUGCCGGCGGUACGCACGCCACCCGCCCAGCCACCACCUCGAGGAGUUCGACGGCUCCGGCCGCUGCCCUUAUGACCCGCAACACAACUCAACUGCCAUAUUCGCAGAUGGCCAAUUAUACACGGCGACGGCAGCCGAUUUCUCCGGCACGGACCCGCUGAUAUACCGCGAGCCGGUACGGACGGAGCGCUCUGACCUUCGGCUGCUCAACGACCCCUCGUUCGUCGGCGCUGUGGCCUCCACCAGUCACGUGUACUUCUUCUACCGCGAGACAGCAGUCGAAUACAUGAACUGUGGCAAGGCUGUGUAUUCGAGAGUAGCACGAGUGUGCCUCAACGACAAAGGCGGUCCUCACACAUUCAGCGAUCGAUGGACAUCUUUCCUGAAGGCGCGCCUCAACUGUUCUAUGCCUGGCGAAUACCCGUUCUAUUUUGACGAAAUACAGGCAACGACUGAAUUAAUAAAUGGGGUAUACGGAAGUGGAGCCAGCAGGAGCGACAUCGUGUAUGCAGUCUUUACAACUCCACAAAAUGCAAUAGGCGGAUCAGCUGUAUGUGCAUUUGCCAUGAGGGACUUGCUAGAUGUAUUUGAGGGGCCAUUUAAGGGCCAAGAGAGCAUGAAUUCGAAUUGGCUACCAUUAGAAAAAGAGAAACUACCUGAAAAAACACCGGGCACUUGCGUGGAAGACAGCAGAACGCUCUCCGAAUCGUCAGUGAACUUUAUAAAGACACAUCCGCUGAUGGACAAAGCAGUGCCGUCUUUCCUGGCACGCCCGAUUCUUAUCAGAGUUAGUCUGCAAUACAGAUUCUCUGCCAUAGCUGUGCACCCGCAAGUACAAGCUAUGAACGGCAACAAGUACGACGUGAUGUACGUGGGGACAGACGAUGGGCGCGUUAUUAAGGCUGUGAACGUAGCUUCUAACGAGGGCGUGUUCGACGCCAGUGUCGACGAGUACAGCAAGAGCCCCGUAAGGACAGCUGUGAUCUCAGAGGUACAAGUGCUACCUCCCGGCGUGCCCAUCAAACAGAUGCACGUCGCUCUCACUACUGAGAAGUUGAUUGUCGCCUCCGGUGACAUUAUAAAAGCGGUGACGUUGUCACACUGCAGCAACGUGCAAUCUUGCAGAGAAUGCGUCGCGUUACAAGAUCCCCACUGCGCAUGGGAUUCCAAACAACAACAAUGUUCUUGGGUCGGAAACAGGCAAUUUCCUAAUCCCGAGAGAUUUCUACAAAAUGUAGAGUAUGGAAAGACUGAAAUAUGUAAUAAGCUGCCAGCCCUCUUACCAAACGACCGACAUAGUAAUAGAAAUCCGGGCACAAAGAAGCCUGCGCUUUCAGAACCCGACAUGCGUCAGAAGCCUGACGAUAUUCAGAAUGAAAUAUUAAUAGAAGUUGUCGAAACUAACGUUCUAUCUGAAGAAAAGAAUUCUAACAACAAUAAACAUGAAACAGAUCUGCUAACUGUUGAAGCCGCCGACGGCAACAUCUACAGUGCGCAGGCGCUGCUUACAGCCGUAGUGGCGUCGUGUCUGGUCACUCUCAUGGUGGGAUUCGUUAUCGGAUAUCUCUUCUCGCGGCGAUUUCGACACCCAUUUUUUACCGAUACCUCACCCUUCAAUGAACAACACAAUCAUCUUAACAGACUGAGCCCGUUAGAGACGCCGCUAAAUGCCAACACAGCGUACAUGCCGCCGCGGUCCAAGAACGUGAAUAUGGUGGCCAAUGUGUGCCCACUAGCUAAACAGGACAAUUUGCAUCUGGAACUAGGAAAGGAGCGCACCCUCGACCUCCGCAACUCCACCGAGUCCCUCGACAAGGACCUUAAGUGCGGCACCCUACAGAAAGUUAAAAAGACUUACAUUUGAAAACUACCCCAGCAAACGGUGUACGGAUCGAUUGCUAAGUGAUAAGACGAUGUGUGCGUCGCGAGUGCCAAGUCUUCCGAGUAACUCGGGUACGACAACGUGUGUUCAGUAUGUGUGUCGACGGUGACUUUGAGUGCUGUAAAUAUUGUUUUAUCAAAUGUACAGUUUCAAAUAUACCUAAGACUUUAUUUGAAUUUACUAUGUGAAGAUUGCAUUUAAACUUAGAUCGAUAUCGGAGAGAAAUUAUUUGGAUGUUCAAUACUUAAUAGACAUUUAUCGCCAGUAUCAAGGAUAUUAAUAGAUAUUUAAUAUAUUUACGAAGAAGUAGAAAGCCUAGCUAGACUGAUUUUUGAUAAAUGUACAUAUUCAGUACUGAACAUCUAGUAUUCUACAUUCCAUAAGCUACGUAGGAAUAAUAUUGCAGUGCAGCUACUUGUAAAUAUAAAUAAAUGUGUAUAUAAAGCUACUUUAAGCCAGGGAGCUAUGAACAUGUUUAAUGUAGAUACCUACCUAGAACCAAUAAUCUUGAAGAAACAAUGUGAAAGUCUUCAAAGACCACACAGAAUGUUGACAAAAAUAGAUAUUAUAAAAAUAUUCUACUUUAGAGAAGAGAUCAUGUUAAAAUUUUGUUACAUAUAAAGUUGAAAAUGAUUAUUAUAGCAUGUGAUUGCUGUGCUAAGUGCAUAGUGCCUUGUAGGUUGCCAAUUUAGUGCCUAAUGUAACCUAGGAUACAUCAGGAAGGGAAAUGUUUAGCCUCCCAUUAGAUAUUGUGUUAUACAUGUUCAAAACUAUAAAUGAACUGAGCAAGCUUAACAAGCUUUGUACAUACAAUGUAUAAUGUGCAAGAUGUGAACUUCUCAAUAUUAUGUUGUUUAAGAUAGUUUGCUUUCUCCAUAUGUUAAGUGUUUAUGUUAAAUGUUUUGUCUUUCAUCCAUAGUCAAUGAAUGCUCCAAUGGCUAUAACAAAAAUGUGAGAUUUAUUUGAAUGAGUGACCUAAACUGUGAACUAUACUCAAGUAAACAAUUAGGCUGAAGUAACCACCAGAGAUCUAAAAUUAGCAAGUGUUCCCACCGUGAUACAAACAAAGUCUAUUAAGAUAAGCAGAUGUGUCUGUUUCUGUACAUAAUACAAAUAAAAUUUUAGAAGAUAAAAAUAAUGUUAUUAUAAUAUUUACUAUCAAAGUAAAAAAUCAACUUGUUUUCAUCAUAUCACUUUAUUUUGAUUUAUUUACCUGAUGGUAAAUAAUUUAGGGAAGUUUAGAUUGUGUAUUUCUAGUGUGCUGUCAUUGCAAAGUAUCACUCAUUAUGUACAUUCAGCCCAAAUUCAUUAUACAAUCCUAAUUCAAGAAUACAUUUUAUUUAUAUUUUUUAUAUUAUAAUAAAUCAAUUUAAUACUUAGCAAUUUUAUCAAUUUCCAUAAUAGUGGAGAAAAUAUAAGUAUUAUUACAAUA